AUGGCACUGGGCUCUUCUCUCCUCGCUACCCUUCUCCUCGCCUUCACCGUCGCCGCGAACCCGGUCCUGGUCCGCGACGGCAAGGUCUCGUUGCCGCUGGCGAGGCGCACCAACUCCACGGGCCUGCUUAACGUCCUCCAGCGCGACCAGGCACGUGCGACGUCGCUCAAAGCCCGUGCUCAGGCCAAACUGCAGGGCCGCUCGUCAGGCAGCAUUGAGGCAACGAACCAGGCCGAGGACUACGUCGUCAGCGUCGGGAUUGGCAGCCCGCCGACAUACUACUCGCUCCUGGUUGACACCGGCUCGUCCAACACCUGGGUCGGUGCUGGCCAGUCGUACGUGCAGACAUCCACCUCAGUUGACACGGGGGACAGUGUGUCUGUAUCGUAUGGUUCGGGCUCAUUCUCGGGUACUGAGUACACGGACACGGUCACCCUCGGCAGCCUGACUAUCACCCAGCAGUCGAUUGGUGUAGCCAGCCAAGCCCAGGGUUUCAGCGGCGUGGACGGUAUUAUUGGGAUCGGACCCGUCGACCUGACAGAGGACACGGUUGAUGGCGAGAACGAGGUCCCCACCGUAACCGACAACCUGUACUCUCAGGGGCAGAUCUCCGAGAACCUGGUCGCUGUUUCCUUCGCUCCGACCACCUCGGAGUCUGACAACAACGGCGAGCUCACCUUUGGUGGCACGGACUCGUCCAAGUACACUGGCUCCAUUAACUACGUUUCCCUCACCUCGACCUCCCCUGCGAGCGAGUACUGGGGUAUUGACGAGUCGAUCACCUACGGCUCCGAGACCAUCCUGUCUGAGACUGCUGGCAUUGUCGACACCGGCACCACCCUUGUCCUCAUCGCGAGCAAUGCUUACGACAAGUACAAGAAGGCCGUCGAUGGCACUGAGGACGAGACCACUGGCCUUCUCCGCAUCUCCUCCUCAAACUAUGACAGUCUCAGCAACCUAGACUUCAACAUUGGCGGGACUACGUACUCCUUGACGCCCAACGCCCAGAUUUGGCCGCGUUCGCUCAACAGCGCCAUUGGUGGCAGCUCAGGGGACAUCUACCUUGUCGUCAACGACAUUGGCACGCCGUCCGGCGAGGGUCUCGACUUCAUCAACGGGUACACUUUCCUUGAACGCUACUACUCCGUCUUCGACACCGGCAACUCCCGCAUCGGUUUUGCCACCACGUCGUACACGGACUCGACGAGCAACUAG